AUGUCUAAAGAUACACGUUUGACUACUAAAAGCAUCAAAAAUGGUGUUAAUAGCGUUACAUGCUGUUUUUGUGAUUAUGUUCCGCCUGCCGAAAGUGUACCUAAAGACGUUCUGCCUGCCAUGAACAACUGUAGAAAUCUCAGAUACAUUUUCGAUGGUUGCCUCAGGUCUUUCGAUGGUUUGAAAACAUUGACCAAACCAAUUCUGGAUAAAAAUGAUGAAAUAGAAUUGGAAAUUAAAAAGAUUUCUGAACAUACAACUGCGUUAUGUAAAGAUUUUUGCGAACUAAAGCAAUUUGUAGUAGCAAAUGGUGAUAGGUUGAACCAGAUCAACAGCGUCGACAAUACGCUCGAUAAAUCAUUUGACAAUUUCAAGCAGCAGAUGAAUGAAUCUUGGACUGUUAUUGUUAAAUUCGCCAGUUUUGUCAUCAAAAACAGAGUCAUGCGUAGUAUUUCGAAAAUUAAGUCUCUCGAGGGUGAAUUCAACAAAAUCAAAAUCAGUCAUGAUCUAACACGUGAUCAGCGCGUUGAGCUGCGAGAAUUGAUUGCCGAAGCUAAAACUAAAGAAGCUAAUGUAUUAAAUUUUGGUCUUCUUAAUAUAAGGUCUGUUAUAGCAAAGUUUAAUGUUGUUUAUCAAUUGUUAUCUGGUGGAUUGGACAUUUUCCUUUUGUGUGAAACGUGGCAUGGUUCUCCUGAAGAUCCUUCUAUUCAGUUGGCCAUGCCGCCAGGUUUUAGUUUCUUGCAAGUGUUGAAGCCUCAUGAUCCUUACCAUGGUGGUCUUAUUGUUUUUUUCAAGAAGAUGUUCAAGGCCAGGAAAAUUGAAGUUCCGGUUUUUCAGACCUUCGAGGCUAUUAUAGUUGAAUUUUCUUUUGAGCGUCGCAAAGUUUUUGUUUUUGGUAUUUACAGACCAGGUUCAAAAUUGGUCACAUCUUUGUUUUUUGGUGAGCUGACAUCGGUGUUGGAACAUUUAUUUGCAUUGGGUGAUGGUUUGAUAGUGGCUGGGGAUUUUAACAUUCAUAUUGAAAGGCCUGGUGAUACACACUCAAUUAAUCUGCUUGAAAUAUUUGAUUCGUUUCAGUUAACAAACGUGGUUAAUGAGCCUACUCAUAACUUGGGUGGCACACUUGAUUUAGUUGCGUCCACUCCUGAUAUUCCUUUGUCUAAUUGUAGAGUGGAUCCCAGUGGUGUUUAUUCAGAUCAUGGUCUGAUUAAUGUUUCAUUCUCGGUAAUGGAUGUAUCAGAAGUUGAUCAUAGUUCUCUUGACUUUUUCAAGUUUUUUAAAAGCAAAAUUGAUGAUGUUCGUAAUUCAACGAAUCAUUGUGAUGAACCAACAUUCACUCCAUGUGAUCUUGAUGAAGAAUCUUUUUUUUCAAACUUCUCGCUGUAA